CCAUCACUCAUUCUCACUCUCUCUCUUUCCUCCAUCUCGAUUCUCAUUCUCAGAUUCUUCGAUGGAUCAGAAUCAGAUAGAGCACAAAUACGUAGAUGCAAGAGGCCUAACGCUUCAUGUCGCCGAAAUCGGAAAUGGUCCUACGGCAGUGGUUUUCUUGCAUGGGUUUCCGGAGAUAUGGUACUCCUGGAGACAUCAGAUGGUCGCCGUUGCCAACGCCGGAUUCCGGGCAAUUGCUCCCGAUUUCAGGGGCUACGGUCUGUCCCAGCAACCCCCUGAACUGGAGAAGACAUCAUUCAAAGAUCUCAUCGAUGAUCUCCUCGUCAUUCUUGAUUCCUUAUGCAUUUCCAAGGUUUUUAUUGUUGCGAAAGAUUUUGGAGCCUUCUCUGCUUACCAGUUUGCCCUUAUCCAUCCAAAGAGGGUAUCAGGAGUCAUUACGUUGGGUAUCCCUUUUAUUCCCCCUAAUCAGAUGGCACGACAUCUCAAACUCCCCGAAGGCUUCUAUAUUUUGAGAUGGCGGGAAUCUGGACGCGCUGAAGCAGAUUUUGGUCGAUUUGAUGUUAAAACUGUAGUACGGAACAUCUACAUUCUCUUCUCAAGAAGCGAAGUACCAAUAGCAAAGGAAAAUCAGGAAAUCAUGGACUUGGUGGAACCAUCUACUCCUCUGCCAUUCUGGUUUACUGAUGAAGAUCUUAAGAUGUAUGCAACUCUAUAUGAAAAAUCUGGAUUUCGUACUGCAUUACAAGUUCCAUAUAGGUCAUUGCAUGGAGAAUUGAGCAUAACAGAUCCAAAAGUUGAAGUUCCAGCACUGCUUAUCAUGGGCGAGAAGGACUACGUACUGAAAUUUCCCGAGAUGGAGGAAUACAUAAAGAGUGGAAAGGUAAAAGACUAUGUCACUGAUUUGGAGAUCACACUCAUGCCUGAAGGCACACAUUUCAUUCAGGAGCAAAUUCCAGAGCAAGUGAACAGUUUUAUCACUUCCUUCCUCAACAACCAUACAUGAAGACCACAUUAUGCUUGUGGAUGAUUUACCUUUACAUGGAUACUUUAAAAUGUGAAACUGCUAUCCAUAUUGAAUACUUGCUGCUAGUGUGGUAUCUUCAUGUGCAAUGCUUAUUGAACACAUAGUGAUAUUUGGUUAGGUGGAAAGCAAAGUUCAAGAAAAAAAAAAGGGUUUCCAGGAAAUGAGGUUUCAGGAAAACAUUUCCCAGGAUAUUGAUUUCUUCUUGUUUGGUGAA